CCGGCUGUCCGCACGCACUGCCCCGCGCGGCUCCUCACCCGCCCAUCACCGCGUCCCAGCUCCCCCAGCCCAGCGGCGGCCUCCCCGCGAGGGCGCGACAGGGACACCCAGGCGACGUGCAGAGUGACGAUGUUCAGGCUCGGAGGCACCCUGCUGUGCCUGCUGCUGGCUGCGGUGGUUCCCACGGCUCCCGCGCCAGCUCCCACGACGGCGACCGCUGCCCCCAGCGAAUCCGGCCCAGCUCUCAGCUACCCUCAGGAGGAGGCCACCCUCAACGAGAUGUUCCGCGAGGUGGAGGAGCUGAUGGAGGACACCCAGCACAAGCUGCGCAGCGCAGUGGAAGAGAUGGAGGCAGAAGAAGCCGCUUCUAAGAUGUCAUCAGUGAACCUGGAACACCUACCUCCCAGCUACCACAACGAGAGCAACACAGACACCAAGGUGGGAAACAGCACCGUCCACGUGCACCGGGAAAUCCACAAGGAAACCAACAACCAGACUGGACAAGCAGUCUUCGCAGAGACCGUCAUUACAUCCGUGGGCAAUGAAGAAGGCAAGAGGAACCACGAGUGCAUCAUUGAUGAGGACUGCGGGCUGGGCAAGUACUGCCAGUUUGCCAGCUUCCAGUACACCUGCCAGCCGUGCCGGGACCAGCAGGCACUCUGCACCCGGGACAGCGAGUGCUGUGGAGGCCAGCUGUGCGUCUGGGGUCACUGCUCCACAGCGGCCACCAGAGGUGGCAACGGGACCAUCUGCGACAACCAGAGGGACUGCCAGUCCGGGCUGUGCUGCGCCUUCCACAGAGGCCUGUUGUUUCCUGUGUGCACACCGCUGACUGUGGAGGGCGAGCUGUGUCAUGACCCCGCCAGCCGGAUACUGGACCUCAUCAGCUGGGAGCUGGAGCCCUAUGGAGCACUGGACCGAUGCCCGUGCGCCACAGGGCUGCUCUGCCAGCCCCACAGCCACAGCCUCGUGUACACGUGUAAGCCAGAGUCUGGUGAGAGCAGCGAGGAGGACAGCGAGGAGGAGAACCUGCUGCUCAAAGAGGCCCUGGCUGGGGACACCGAUGUGGGCUUCAUCAAGGAGGUGCGCAGGGAGCUUGAGAGCCUUGUGGGGGACCUGUCCGAGGAGAUGGAGGCCGUGGGGCCUGAGCCCAAGGAUGGAGACGAGAUCUAGAGCCAGUUCUGUCCCGGGAGCCCGUGUGCAAUAGAAGUAGCUAACUUAUUUUUCCCAUCUGUGUCUUCUCGGGGUGGACCGACAGGCUUCUUCCCGUUUCCUCUUUGCCAAUUAUUUUGUCUGGCUUGGGAUGUUUGCGCAGAUCCCAUGGGAUGCUGUGCAUAUGUCACCCACCCGCACCCUGAUGAUGUCACCACUGCCACUGUCCUGCUAGAGGACAGGGUGGGAGGACCGAGCUUCUACACUAGGGGGGAGGGGCAACUGGUCCGUAGUGGCUGCCAGAUGGAUGGCACCUGCUCUUGUGUGCCUACUGAAAGCCGUGGGAGGGAGGACAGGGUGUAGUCUCCCCACACCGGGUUAUUGGGGACAUGCUGACUCUUACACGGGUGCCUUGCUUUGUGAGCACAAACCUGGCGGAAAUGCAGCAGGUAACAUUUUCCUGCCGCUCUUUGCUCGGGCAUCACCACUGCCGUUCCGCUUUCUCUACGCUCCAUGCCCCCAUUCAGUUAAGACAGCUCCCUGGGCUCCUACCCCAUGGCCCACAGCGUUCUCCUGCCUGUGGCCGAGGUCUGGGGAUAGGCCGCCAUUCUCAUUGGCCAGGGGUCUGGGAGGCUCAGACACCUUGUCUCUUGUCCAGAUCACACAGCUUGUGGAGACCAUGGCAGGGUCUCCAAGGGUGUGACUACAAGUCCAGGACUCCCCUACUGCACGCCAGCCUCUGUGCCAAUGACAGCUCACCCUAAAUGAGACAGGAAGGACGUUUUGGGGUUUUUCAGGCAGAUCUGGAUGACCAACAAGGUGACCCAUCCCUAUGAGAUUAGAUGCCUACGACUCCCAUAGGGAAACCCUGUCCUGAAGGGUUGCUAGGAAUCGGCACCGACGUGGUGGCAGUGAGCUUGUUUGGUUUCUUGGUUAGACAUAGAUAGCAGUGUUCUCACCAGUGGGGAGCCAGCCCUCAUUGUAGAAAAGAUGAAUGGUCCUGACAGGGCCCCUGUGCUUCUUACGUUAUUCACGUGGAAGGAACAGGAUUGGAGAACAUGCAUUAGCUACCUUGUCAGGAACCAGUGGAAAGUUAGGAUUACGAUGUGCAGAACUGCUUAGCCGCCAGCCACCAGGAGGCCAGCCACUCCGCAUGACUCCGCAACCUGCAACCCGGCUGCACUAUCCGACCGCUGCCCCCGCCCCGACCGCUCGACCACCGGCCUCACACCUCCGUGCAGAGCGAUGACGCGUGGCACACGGCUGUCUAAGCAUGCUUUCUCUUGAGAUUUAACUUAUGUACAAGCACAUGUGUUGCAUUUAGAAGCAUAAAUCACUUCAACUGCUCCUGUA